AUCCUCAAUUUUCCGUUCUUCGGCCAAAAUAGAGAUCGACCUCGCCGCCCCCCUCCUCCGUCUCUCUCUCUCUCUCUCUCUCUCUGUGUGUGUCUCUCUCAGAGGUUGUUUUCUCUUGUACAAUUACGAGCUCAAAUUAUUACUUUUAUUAUAAAAUCACGAUCGUUUACCUAAUAAUCAAACCAGCACAGUUCGUUUACCUAAUUCCUUAUUCCUUAUUCUGUACCUAAUUCUUUGAUUUAAUGAUCUAUUGUUAUUGAACAGACUUUUGAUAAGACAGAGUUAUCUUUCGAGCUUUCAAGUCCUCGAAUGGCUAUACCUUCUGAUCAGGCAUUAACCAGGAUCUGCAGCCACUGUGACAGAGCUAUUCCUUCUUCGAAUAUUGAUCUACAUCAUGCUCACUGCUCCCGGAAUCUAGAAAAAUGUAAAGUUUGUGGCGAUAUGAUUCCCAGAAAAUUUGCUGAGGAUCAUUUCUUGAGCACACAUGCUCCGGUAUCCUGUUCGCUUUGCAGUGAGACAAUGGAACGUGAGAUUUUGGCUGUGCAUAAGGGCGAAAAUUGUCCCCAAAGAAUAGUGACUUGCGAAUACUGCGAGUUCCCUCUGCCUGCAAUUGAUCUAUUUGAGCAUCAGGAAGUAUGUGGGAACCGAACAGAAUUGUGUCAUCUGUGCAGCAGAUAUAUUAGACUGCGUGAAAGAAUUGUCCAUGAGAGCAGAUGCAAUGGUGUCCCAGAUAAUACUGCUGAAUCUUCCAGGGGCACAAGAGCAGCUGAAAGAGGUAACGAUGCUCAAAGAAGGCCGGCUCACGAGUUUUCGCGGAGACGUUUUCUUUUCACCAUUGCAAUAACAGGCAUUGCUGUCCUGUUGGGUUCACUUUUUUUCCAGAGGAAAACAGAGAACAACCAAGUGCAUUAGCUUCUGAGGGGAACGCAUUGGCCGUUCUCCUUUGUGCCCUGUUGCUUAUUUCAACUGCCAGGAUUUGUGUUCGAGAUGACCAUUGAACUGUUAGGAAUCGUUUUGCUAAUCAGACAGGUUAUGCCUAUCCAAUCUGUUUAUGGGAUGAGCCUCCACCAUUUUCUUGCGAGUAAAUAUGUUGUCUGUAAAGUAUCACAAACAUUGAAAUAUGAUGUCAAAUGCAAUGUUGGCUACCAAUCUUAUGUGUUGUGUACUGUUGUUCAGGACAAGACUGGGAUGUGAAAUUGUUUUUUUCGUUUCAAUAAAAAGUAAACAGGAUUGGAGGUACAA